AAUGAGCUGAGAAAUUGUUAUUCUAGAAGCUUUCAAAUUAAAAUUGUAAUAGUUUUCCCAAAUUUUACAGAUCAGAGGAUAACUUGACUAAAAGAGAAUCAGUGGUCAAUUCCUUAAAGCUCCUUUAUUACCUGGUGAGUCAGGAUAAAUUGAACUUGCCAAGGAAAGACUAUGAACUUUUAACAGAAGUUUUGCAUCGCACUGGAAAAACCGAAGAACAGGUAUUAGAACAGAUAACUCCCACAUGCGAUGAUCUAAUCAAACGAUGUGAUUGGAAGGGGGAAACAAGAACUUGUCAGGCAAUUGUUCGCAGGAUUAAGAGUUCUAUCGGUUAUUGUUGCGCCUUCAACUACUUUGCCCUAAAAAAUAGGACCCAUGACAAAAGAGAAAUAAUAACGGACAGAUAUCCAUGGAAAACUGCCAUGAAUGGAUUCCAGAGUGGACUGGAAUUAGUAAUCAAUAACAACCCUGCGGAUUAUUUUGCUAGUGAAAUACCUUCAGUAGGAGUCAAGGUGCUGAUUCAUCAUCCUUAUAAGUUUCCUGACUUAUCAUUACCAAGCCAUAUUUUCGAAAUGAAUACGAACAACUUGCUGGGCAUCAACCCGGAGAUGAUAACUGCUACUGAGCGACUGAAAUCAAUGCCUGUGCGGAACCGAAAAUGUUUGUUUCCAUCGGAAAAGAAGCUGAAUAUGUUCCAAAGGUACACCAGAAGAGGCUGUUUAAUGGAAUGCCGACUGGCGAUGACUCUGAAAGUUUGUAAGUGUGUUCCUUUUGACCUGCACAGUCAAUCAUAUUCUUAUGGUUCGUUAAAAGUGUGUGGCCUGGAAGACCUUUCAUGCCUAAACCACAAUAGAGACGCAAUUUUCAACAUAACUCAUCUAAAGCAUGCUGAGUUGUUCCAGGAUGAUAAGUGUAAUUGUCCGAAUAAUUGCGAAGACUUUACCUACCCACUAGAGACUUCAAGAGGAAUACUCGAUGCUUCAUUCACAACUAAUCCAUCUAUGAUUUUUUCUAAUUUACAUAUGGAAAAUCAAACAAUCAUUCGGAUAUUCUUCAGCGACCUACUGGGAAUAAAAUAUCGAAGAGAUGUCUCAUUUCCGUGGCAUUCUCUGAUGGGAAAUUAUGGAGGGAUUUUGGGAUUUUUUACUGGGUUCAGUUUGACUUCAGUGGUGGAAAUAUUCUACACCACCUUUAUUCGGCGACGGUUUUUAAGAGUAGUUGCGAAGCCAUCAGUUAGUAGUAAAACACUCCCAACAAUUCGGUUUCAUCCCAAGUUAAGUUAUUAUUAAGCAGUUUUUCCAGCGUAAGUUUCACACAUCCAUUUGAGUUAUGUUUUGCACAUAGAUAAAAUGUGUUUAUUAAAGAAUGUAGCAAAGUAGCUUAAUAAAAACUGUACAGCCCUCA